UGUAAUUGAAUAUAAACGAAUGGUGCUUUUAGAACAUUAUUACUAACAAAGGAGUGGGGAAGCAGGUUGGAGUGGAAGGGGCAGCGGUCUGAAAAUGUUUGAACACAACAUAUUUAAGAUCAUCUUGAUUUUCCUGGCUUUUGCUCUUUAUACAACAAUGGUGGCUUUAAAUGCCAUAGCUGGUGCAGGACUACAAAGAAAUCUAUUCUUGAAUAGUGUGGGAAAUAUUUCCAACAAAUUCAACACAGACUUUACCCCAGCUGGAUGGACAUUCUCUUUAAUCUGGAAUGUCAUAUUUUUCUGGCAGUUCCUCUGGUUUGGAUAUGUUUUUUCUUUAAUCUGUAGAAGGAGUGAAUCGGGGUGGAUGUAUCUGAAACCAAAUGUGUUCCCAGUCCCCUUCUACCUUGUUUGGAUGUUGAAUAAUGUCUUAAACAUAGGAUGGAUCUUCCUGUGGGACAGAGAGUACCUCAUUCCUGCUCUGGUGUUUCUGGGUGCCAUUGCCUUUACCAACUACAUAGUGCUCUUCUUUUCUUACCGAGCCCUCUAUCUUAAUGGAGACUGGUUACAUUCGCAUCGCAAAGUGGACCUGUGGCUUAUUCGGAUAUUAGCCCAGAAUGGUAUUGCUUUUUAUACAACAUGGACGACAGUUGCCUGCCUGUUAAACUUUGCCGUCUGCCUGACAUACAAUGGAGGAAUUUCUAAUAGUACAUCGGCCACUGUAGCUCUGGCCAUCCUGGCUUUUGAACUGGUGUUAUGGUUUUGCUUGGAAAACUUUGUGUUUGAUAAAUAUGUUAGAUACACAAUAACAGUCUAUCCUAUAGUCAUUCUUGGUUUAUCUGGAGCCUUGGACAAAAACUUCAACAAAUCUGACCCAGGCCAAAAUGGUAUUUUUAUAGCUGUGCUGCUUGCAGUUGCUUGCGCUGCAUUUGCCGUCCGACUGGUGUUGGUUAUUUGGAAGCACUUCAAAUAUCCACUUUAUGGAUCCAUGUCUCACAAGAGCUCCUUCCCCCAGUCCUAAAUGAAAGAAAGAAGGGAAUGACCUCAGUUACAUUUAGGGAUGCACCGAAUCCACUAUUUGGUAUUCGGCCGAAUCCUUGGUGUUACACGGACUAUUCUUGGCUGCGCUCACCAGAAGUCAUGACCGACACUUACAUUCCAUGAACUCUUAUCCUUUUUUUUUUCUGUAAAAGGUAUUUUGUAUGUAAGUAUAUUCACUUCAAACUGUAAAUACUAUCUGACGUUCUUUUGUAUUGUUACUAAUGUUACAUUUGUUGUACCACUGGGCUGUCCCCCCUGGAAGGAUAUGAAAAAAGACUGGUUUAGACAUUCCUUCUGCAAGUGCUACCCUUGUGCCUUAAUAUUUUAAAGGAGAAUGAAACCCUUGUGACAAUCUAGGCCCCCUUCAAAGGCCUUCUUCUCCCAAACUGGUGCUUCACCAAGCAGAAGACUGAAAAGUGCAGAGUAGCACAGCAGGGUUGAAAGAUGCCAUCAUACAUUGCUCAGGUCUUCUCCACUGUGAUCUUUGGCAUAUGUGCAGUUGAUGUUGACCAUGUUCAGACGUGGCUUCAGCAAUGAAUUCUCCAUGUUGGCAGUCGCCUUGAAGAGCACCUGAGCUAUACAAGAUGGCACCUGUCAACCUUGCUAUUCUACAGGGAAAAUCAAUAUUGUCUGAAUUUCAGGUGGUGUGGUUCUGGAGGAGGGUGGGAGGUCUGUGGAGGGGGCCUGAGUUGUCAGAAGGGUUUCAUUAUGCUUUAUAGCAGCUGCACUUUCCCCCUGAAAAGACUGUAGAGAAUAAGGGCAUAGGUUUAUUAUUUACAUAUGACAGUUGCAUAUUAUUUAGAGAACUCAUUUGUAAUUGCAAAGUGCCAAAUUUGGCGUACACCUUUAACCACUAUUCACAGAGGUACUUACACCUAUACAUACUUCUUAGCACCUUGCAAAGAGCAUCAGUACACUUGUUCACCAUGCUCUGAUGUAUGCCAUUGAAGGUGCGAAGUAAAGGUAGAAUGAAUGCUAGGGAACCCUAAAAUGAACACCUACAACCAAAGCCUGAUGGGAAAUGCUGUGAAAUAAAGUGCAGCAGUUAGAGGUCCACAGACUGGCCAUCCCUGAGCAAGAGAGCCUGCAGUUUGAGAUCAGUGUUAGAGUCUGUAUUAUGGUUAUCAUCAUGACUGGACUCUCAAGUCUACUUUGUUUCAUGACCUCAUGUCUCAUACUCUCAAUGCUCAUUUACAAUGAACAGGGAUACAAGUGCUGGAGUGUUCACAAAGUUGCAACUUUUAGACCCCAUACACUUACCACUUGUUUUCCAGCUCAUUCUCUGCUGCUGCUCUCUCUGCCUGUUUCCGAAUUUGAAAUAUGGUGCAAAAAGUGGAGUGCAGGGCUGGUAGAAUGGGGAACUGUAAUUACCACCUGCUGUCGGCAGUACAACAGGGCUCCCUAUUGUCUCCUGGCUAGCGUCUUCUUUCUAAACAUGCCCAUGUUUCUCCACUUGCUUUUUCUCUGACUAUGAACACUUUGUAACUAAGUAAAAUAUUUAAAUUUUUAAAUAUUUAAUAAUUAAAUUUUGUGUUUUAAUAAAUGCAUUUUAUUACAAUUAGAU